CCCCCCGCCCAUCACGGUGUGCCCCGCCCUCGCCGCGAUUGGCGGGGAGCGGGCGGCGCGCCGGAAGUGCGUGAACGGCGCCAACCGGGAACGGAGCGGGGCUGGCGGCGCGGGGCCGCGGGAUGAGCAAAGGGCGGGAGGCCGCGGCCGGCGGAGGCGCCAGCGCUGUCCUGCUGCGGUACCUGCGGGAGCAGAACCGGCCGUACAGCGCCCAGGAUGCCUUCGGGAACCUGCAGCGGGAGCACGGGCUGGGCAAGGCGGCCGUGGUGAAGGCGCUGGAGCAGCUGGCGCAGCAGGGCCGCAUUCGCGAGAAGGUUUACGGGAAGCAGAAGAUCUACUUCGCCGACCAGGAGCAGCUCCCGGCCGCCAGCGAUGCGGAGCUCCGCGGGCUGGACGGGGAGAUUGCCGCGCGCUCCGGCCAGCUGCAAGCGCUGCAGCAGAGCUGCCGGCACAUGGAGGCGGAGCUGAAGGACUUGAACAGCUCCAUGACAACCCCUGAGAUUGCCAGGGAGAUCGAGGUGCUGAGGAAGGACUGUGCCAGUUACACGGAGAAACUGGAGAGGAUUAAAUCUGCUACCAACCAUGUGACUCCAGAGGAAAAAGAGAAGGUGUGCCGGGAGCAGCAGCUGUACCGCCGGGAGUGGCGCCGGAGGAAGAGGAUGGCCACCGAGCUGCUGGAUGCCAUCCUGGAGGGCUAUCCCAAGAGCAAGAAGCAAUUCUUUGAGGAGGUUGGGAUAGAGACAGAUGAGGACCACGGUGUGGAGCUGCCAGCGACCACGUGAGGUGCCGGGGGAGCCUUUGUUCUGGGGAGAAGCUGCUGCAGAGCUGCCUCUGAAACUCAGCCGUUGGGUUGUUCUUUUUCUCUUUUUGCAGGACUGGGAUUUGUCCUGUGUAUUUAUUUGGUUCUGUUUUAAAAUGUUUUGCAGUUGGAAGGGUGGGGGUAGGAGUAGCUUGGCACUGGUCCUCUCCUUGCAGUGGAAUGUUGUUUUUUCCUGCCGCCAGUGCAUGGAGCUGCCUGGCAGGGGGCACACGUGGGGGCAUUGGUGCUGUGUCCCUGGUGUUCUGGUAAGGAAAGGCAGCGAGGGACUGUCUGGGCUGCAGAGCUCUGUCUGUGUUCUGGCUGCUUCCUGCUGCGUGCCUGAGUGGUCACAUGAGAACAUGAUCCAUUAAACACCAGGGUUUUGGUUCACCUGCA